ACUAUUCUCAAUCCACUCUCUCUCGUCUGUACACGGGCGCUUUUUGCCUGCAAUGCAUGCACGUACGCUCGCUGACUACCUCUGUGUUUUGGCAGGCCUCUCGUCUGAUUUUCUCUCACGACGGCUGGCUGGUGGGGUAUUAUCACAUUUUUAUUGAGAAGCUCUAUCGUAAACCAUACCUCAGACGUGUAUUGUCAUCGAGGAAGUAUUUGCAGUUUGUGGGCAGUUCUCUCCUCUCACGCGCAGACUCAUUUUGCCUGAUGUGACUCGGUGCGCGCAAGUACCCCACAAUACCAGCACACAAAAACCACAAUCUUCUGUGAUAAUCUACCCGUUGGUAUUUGGUUUUUGGCCUGAAAUAGCACUAUCUGUGGUGUUGUUGAUGUGGAUUGGGAAUACAGUACAGUGAUCCUUUUUGAUUCCUUCAAGUUGCACCCAUUCCGAUGCUAUUAUGGUGGAAUAAUUUAUAAUAAUGUCGAAAAAGGGAAAGGACUUCAACAGCCAAACUGGCGCCAAUUUGGUCGAAAUCAAAAGCAAAUUUGAUGCGGAAUUUCGAAGAUUCUCCUUGAAUCGCCUACUGGUGAAUAACUUUGAGGAUUUCCACAAAAGUUUGGAAGCUCUUCACGGACUGUCACAUGUUCCUUUUGUGGUGUUUUAUACGGAUAAAGAAGGCGAUUUAUUGCCCAUCAAUAAUAAUGACAAUUUCGCUAAAGCGCUUUCAACCACACGGACUCAGAGUAUAUUAAGGAUUUUUGUACAGCGAAAAGAUGAAAACUGGAGUGAACUGAUCGGUUACAGUACCAUUAACCGACGGAAGGAAAAGGGGAAGAGUCUCAUUCUUGCGCCCUUGAGCUCGAAUUCCGCCAAUAAAGCAAAGGGUCCUUUGCUGAAGAUUGGUAUGCCCGAAGAUUUUAGGCAAGUUUCCGCCAUAAUCGACGUUGAUAUCCUCCCGCAAACACACCGUCGCGUACGGCUUCUCAAGCAUGGCUCCGACAGGCCACUUGGAUUUUAUAUUCGGGAUGGUACCAGCAUCCGUAUGACACACAAUGGUCUGGAGAAGAUUCCGGGCAUUUUUAUCUCUCGAUUGGUACCGGGCGGUUUAGCCGAAAGCACGGGCUUACUAUCGGUCAACGAUGAAGUGAUCGAAGUGAACGGUAUCGAGGUGGCCAACAAGACACUCGACCAAGUAACCGAUAUGAUGAUAGCCAACAGCAGUAACCUGAUCGUCACGGUGAAGCCGGCCAAUCUGCAACUCCGCACCACCAACAAAUCCCCAUCCAAUUCCGACGUGCUAAGUGAUGCUCAAUCGAAAUCCUAUAAUUCGCCGGCGACACGCAACGGUCCCCAGCGGUCAUCGCAGAUGUCGGCGUCAGCCGCUUCGACAUCGUCCUAUCCGUCCAAUACAUCCUACAAUACAGACGACGAUGAAGUGGAUGAAAUCCGCGAUCUCACGGUGGGAUUGAGCCACAACGCCAGUGGGAGUUCCGGGACGGGAAGUGAUCGGGUGGCCUCGGCCAAUGCGCACCGGGGAUCAGAUAAGAAGCUCAAACCGCGUCCAGCGCAGCAUGUGACGAAAAUUGUUCUGGAUGGGAAGAACAAUAAUGGGAUUAUACACGGGACGGAGCAGGUGUUUACUCUCUGAGCUUUCAGAUUUAUUGUGUAAUUUUUGAUUCUUUCCAAGCGGCGAGGUGCCUUGUUUUGCGGCAGAGAAAUGCCCUGGACAGAAUUCUAAUUUUUUAAAAUGUUCGAUUCAGUCCGAGCAGCUGUUGCAAUCCGUUUUUUUCCAUGUUAAUUUUGGGAUUGUUUUGCAGCUCUAAAAAUAUUUAUAUGUUUAUAAUUUUUCCUGUUAAGGUUUGCAGCUUUUUAGUUCUUCCUCUUCCUGAAUUGGGAAGGAUACGGCGGUGUGUGCCGUUUUGUCUUAUUUUUUACAUGUUUUAAGUUCUUCUUUGGCAAUAAAUAUUUUGCAGUUA